AAAACGUACCUCCAGCACCAUGUCACUCACGCCGUGUGAAAACAACACUUCCCUAUGGACAACUAUAUAAUGUCGCCGACAAUUUCCCCCGUAUAGCCAGUAUCCGACAACGAGCUCCAGGACUUAGUAGAUAUAGAACCAACCUCUAAGCCACUCAAGCACCGCCACAUACAUAAAGCAAGAUGCGUUCCUACUACGACUCCAACUACGACUCCAACUACGACUCCAACUACGACCCCAGAUACGACCCCAGAUACGACCCCAGAUACGCUUCUGAAUUCGGCUUCCACUCCUCACGCGACCAGUAUAGCUCCAGGAAUUCCGAUGCAAGGUAUGUACCUACCGCCUACGAUGCGCACUACGGUACGUCUUCGUCUCGUAAGACUAGCCGUGCUCAUGAUGGUAGUUCUCACCACUUUGACUACAGCAACAGUGGUGCUAUAAGUCCUCCGCGUUCGCAGUCGGAGCAACCUCGUCACAACGCUCCUCCUUAUAACCGCGGUGAUAUUAGUCCCUUGGGCACUUCCCGCUUCGAGCGUCCCAUGGAUAACUUCUACGGCCUCGACACGCGCCGUGACACUUCUUACGAUGCACGUGACGCUUCCUCGUCCCAGUACAGUGGUUCACAACGCAGUGAAACAGCCCGUGACUCAUAUGCUUCGACUAACUACGCUGAUGCGUACCAGCAGCGUUCGUCUGAUUCGUCUGGUGGGGCCACAAGUCUUCGUCGUAGUGCUGCAGUGCGAGGUCGCCAGAAUCCACGUGGAUUCGGCACUGCUGGCGCGUCGGAUUACUAUGCCCAAUACCGUGUUGAAAUGCCUCGAAAGCCGAAGCCUUCUGCUAACUUCUCUGGUGGAAUUGGUGGGUGGGAGCAUUACUAACGCCGUUUAAAGUUUAGUUAAUCGCGUUCUCAUUCCUAGAGUCAGUCUCCACAAUGAGAAAAAGUAACCAUGUAGAAGAGAUAUUGGAAAAGAAAAUAUAUAUUUACAAUGUAGACUGGUUGAACGAGCUGUGCGACAUGAAUUGACGCGUGGACUGAGUUACCUGGAGUAACAGAUGCAUCUGCAUAGGAAAACAAAACAUCCUCAUGUACAAGAACAGUGCUAACCUACUACUGGGUAUCGUAUCGAAGAAUGAUAUGACAUCGAAUUGCAGGCUUGGCGGUCAGGAUGUCCAAC